AUGUCUUUUGAACCUGUCAUGCCUCCUUUCAACUCGAGCGAUCCAUCCGCCAACUUCCUCAGCUCUUCCUGUCUAGACUUUCUCCUCAUUGAGCUUGUACCGCUCGCUUACCGCGUCACUCACGACCGAGACGCUAUUACUUCGGAACAAAAUAGCACAACUGCAGAUGCUGCAUCGACUAGCCAUGCGGUCAGCUCCAGCGCUGCUGGAAUAAUGGCCGGCGCUGCGACAAGAAAGGAUGAAGAGGAGGAUCUUGAUGCGGUGCAUUAUCGCCUGGAGAUGCUAGGCUACAGAGUUGGUCAGGGUCUAGUGGAGAGGUUCUCAAGGGACCGACCACGAUUUAACGACACACUCGAUGUCAUCAAGUUUCUUUGCAAAGAUCUGUGGACGCUCGUCUUUGGCAAGAACAUCGACAACCUUAAGACAAAUCAUAGGAAGCUGGUGGUCAAGCAAUUGUCCGCGCUCAACCGUUCCUGUGGUUUCCAUGCGGUAUCGUAA